AUGGAUGAAGAGCAGCGAAGACUUUCGCAGCAUUUCGAGGUUCCGGGACCGGUGUUUCUGCAACCGGUAAAUGAUCAGCCCCUCCUGCCCAACGCUCCUGCCAUGGAUCAGCCCACGGGAGUCCAACCAUCGACAAGCCAGCAAUUGCCAUCGUUCCAGCCAGCGACAAGCCAGCAAGCGCCAUCGUUCCAGCCAGCGACAAGCCAGCAAGCGCCAUUGUUCCCGCAAGCCACAAGCCAGCACCCGCCAUCGCUGUCGAAUUCAUCCGCAAACGGUGAGCCCUCAAUGAUCCAAUUAAUGCAACUUUUGCAACAUCAAAUGCAACAGCAACAGCAAAUGCAGCAAAUGCAGCAACAGUUGAUGACAAAAUUAAUGCAGCAGCAGCAGCCGGUAUCACAACCGGUAACAGCAUCACACACACAGCAGCAGUUCCAGCCGGGUCCACCCAACCCGGAGCAAAUCCUUGAUGCAUUGGCCAGUAACAUCACUGAGAUCCGCUUCGAGGCCGAAGCCGGAAUCACGUUCGAGGCCUGGUACUCACGGUACGAGGAUUUAUUCAUCAAUGAUGCUGCACGGAUUGACGAUUCCGCAAAGGUGAGGCUGCUCAUGCGUAAGCUGGGUGCAAUGGAGCACGAAAGAAGCCACAAUCGAGAAGCUAAAAUCAAUUUUUGGCAAGGCUGA